GGCUUGGCUCGAGUAAAUACCUGUUCCACAUACACCUCCUGUUGGAGUUAUAGAGUCAGUCAGGACUAGGAACCAAUCUAUUAGAAAUAACUAUAGAACAUUUCUGUGCAGAUGCUCGUGGAGGAACGUGUCCUUGAAUUAGGUGUGACAUCAGUAUGACGUUAUCAUUCUCUCUACCGUGAGAAUGUACGAGGUGAUGCAGGGAGACACUACCACCCUGUCCUGGAGGCUACCCAGCCCCGGCCACAACGACGGCCCACAACAGAGCCCCUUCAGCGGGGAGGGAGGACCCACCAAGAUCCUCAAAGUCUGUUUUUCCACCAAUAACACCCUGGGGAAGAACUUCAAACUGGUCAAGUGUGACAGCUCCUGGAAGAUCAGGGCUAUAGUCCAGUCUAUUCUGACCAGUGGUAGACUGGGCCCUAACAUCCAGUAUAAAGGCUGCUAUGGUUUGCUGCUGAAGCACCUCAAGUCAGAUGAGCUCCACUGGCUCCAUCCAGACCUGACCGUGGGGGAGGUGGAGCAACGCUAUGAGAGUCAUCACGUGGAGGCAGAGUGGAGGUAUGACCUGAGAGUCCGCUACAUUCCAGUCAACUUCCUGGAAAAGUUUAAAGAAGACAGUACUACACUUCUGUAUUUCUAUCAACAGGUGCGUAGUGACUACAUGCAGUACCAUGCCAGUAAGGUCAGUGAUGGGAUGGCCCUGCAGCUGGGCUGUCUGGAGAUCAGGAGGUUUUAUAAAGACAUGAACGCUAAAGGUUUGGAGAAGAAGUCCAACUUUGAGUUACUAGAGAAGGACGUGGGGCUGAACCUGUUCUUCCCACAGGAGCUCAUUGACCGCAUGAAGUCUCGUCCUCUUCGGAAGCUGAUCACCCAGACCUUCCAGCAGUACGCUACUCUGAAGGAGGAGGAGUGUAUGGUUCGCUUCUUCAAAACGCUCACUGAAUUCAUCAACGUUGAUGAGGAGGUCUACCCCUGCGAACUGGUGCAAGGUUGGAGUCUGUCAGUGGAGCUGGUGAUUGGAGCCAGGGGCAUUCGCCAACGCACCCAUAAAGACUCAGCGCCUGUGUGUCUAGCGGAUUUCAAACAGAUCAAGAGCAUCAAGUGUUCGUCUCAGAGUGACGGCAAAGCCCUCCUCAACCUGGACAUAGACGGAGCCAGACAGCCUCUGUCUAUCAACGUGACUAAGUUUGCGAUGGCAGAAAACAUGGUGGACCUUAUUGACGGCUACUGUCGCUCUGAGCAUGCCACUGACGAGUCGUUCGUCGCUAGACCAAACAAAGAUGCCAAUUUACGAAGUUCCCUGCCAGACCUUCCCACGAAUCAAACGGAGAACACGGACUCCUUCAGAUAUAGCACGGGAUCUGACAUCUACGCUGAGAUUGACGAACGACCAAAGUCUGUGGUGAAGUAUGGAAUUGACAGACAUGACAUUGUUCUGGGACGGAUCCUUGGCGAGGGGUUUUUCGGGGAGGUCUAUGAAGGAAUGUACAAAAAAUCGAAUGGGGAGAGACUAAGCGUGGCGGUGAAGACCUGCAAAGAUUGUUCACCUGAUGUCAUGGAGAAGUUCAUGAGUGAAGCAGUGAUCAUGAAGAACCUGAACCACCCCCACAUCGUCAGUCUGAUCGGUGUCAUAGAGGCGAACCCUGUCUGGAUCGUGAUGGAGCUCUACCAGUAUGGAGAGCUUAAGAACUACCUAACAGAGAACAAGAACAAACUCACGAACAUAACGCUAGUUCUCUUCAGCCUGCAGAUCUGCAAAGCUCUAGUCUACCUAGAGGGAAUCAACAUGGUGCACAGAGACAUAGCGGUGAGGAACGUGCUGGUGGCCACAGCAGACUGUGUUAAGCUGGGAGACUUUGGCCUGUCUAGAUACAUUGAGGACGAAGAGUAUUACAAAGCCUCUGUGACUCGAUUACCUAUCAAAUGGAUGGCUCCAGAAUCCAUCAACUUCAGGCGAUUCACCACGGCUAGCGAUGUCUGGAUGUUCGCGGUGUGUAUUUGGGAGAUCCUGAGCCAGGGGCAGCAGCCUUUCUUCUGGUUGGAGAACCGUGACGUCAUUAACCAGCUGGAGCAGGGCAUCCGACUACCCAAACCUGACAACUGCCCUCCUGCCCUCUACUCCCUCAUGACCCGCUGCUGGUCCUACGACCCCCGCGACAGACCCUCCUUCACUGAGCUGGUUGUCAAGAUAAGUGACGUCCAUCAGAUGGAGAAGGAGCAGGAGGUAGAGAGAGAGAGAGACAGACAACGCUCCACCAAGUUCUUUGACGCCAAGAUCAACUUCAACGAACCUCCUCCUAAGCCCUGCAGGAUGAAACCUGGGGGUCGUUUUGGAAACGGUAUCGGCCUUCACAUUCAGCUGAAUGAGGCCCUUUGUGUCAGCUCUCCAGACCUGGCCAGUCCCUGUGACUACACCUCUCCUGUCGACUCCAUGAGCAACAGCUUGGUGGUUCCCGUGAUAUCUCCACGACGACGCAGCAUGGGGGAGGGAGAGUUGAUGGUGGAGCCGUCCAGUAAGGAGGACGCCCAGCGGUUGUGGCAGAUGGAGAGAGAGCGUAUGCAGGAGACGAUGAGACAACAGAAACAACAGAUGAUGGAGGACAACAAGUGGCUGACCAAGGAGGAGAGACUCCUGUUACCAGAACCAGAGACUGGACAUGCCCCGCCAGACAAGCCCCUGCAUCUCACCGGCCCUAAAGCCCAGGCCGGCCCUACGACCCAGGCCGGCCCUACGACCCAGGCCGGCCCUACGACCCAGGCCGGCCCUACGACCCAGGCCGGCCCUACGACCCAGGCCGGCCCUACGACCCAGGCCGGCCCUACGACCCAGGCCGGCCCUACGACCCAGGCCGGCCCUACAGCCCAGGCCCGCCCCACUGCAGAGCUAGACCGUUCAGAUGAUAAGGUGUACCAGGCGGUCAUGGAGCUGGUCCAGGUGGUGGUGCAGCUGAAGAACGAUGUGAACACACUACAGCCGGAGGAGUACAUUACUGUCAUCAAGUCUGUAGGGCUGACCUUAAGGAGUCUGAUACGCAGUGUGGAUGAUAUUCUGCCGACCCUCCAUAAGUCCAUUAGGACAGAGAUCGAGGGCACCCAGAAGCUGUUGAACAAUGACAUGUCAGAGUUGAUCAGUAAGAUGCGUCUGGCCCAGCAGAACGCCAUCACCUCGUUGAAGGAAGAGUGUAAGAAACAGAUGCUGACUGCAGCACACAACCUGGCCAUGGAUGGGAAGAACCUUCUGGAUGCUGUGGACCAGGCCAGGGUCAGGGCCAACCUGGCCAAGCCCAAACCGGAGACCCAAUAGUGGGGUAAAUACCCACGGGACACCCACUUCUUCUUUUUUUUUUUAAACUGGAGGACGGGUCAGAGCCAAGUAUGUUGCGACUGAAUGGAUGGACUUGGCAGUACAGUGGUCAAGGUUCCAUUUUAAGUUGAAUUAAGUGUGUCAGAAUUCAAACUAUCAGAAAAGAUGACUUUCACUUUUUAUUUUGUAAUUGGUGUUGUGAUUUCUGUAUCAUCUCGUGUCUUGAAUUGUAUCGGUUAUUUUAAAUAGUUUCUCUAUCUGUUUAGGUAUCCAGGUUAAUUUACUGCUAGGUUAUUUUCACAUGUUUCUAGUAAUACUGGCCAGAUCAAUAGAUUUAUUAAUUUGCAUAUGUGUCGUUUCAUGGAAUGUGUAAUAUUUGUUUCUAGACUAAGAGUUUGACCAAAUAGAUAUAAUACCCAUUACCUUUCUGUUUUUACAUCAGGUUUGUAGUAUAUUACAUUUAACUGACAGUAUUGUAUUUUUUAAAAAUAUUUUUAAUAUAAGUAAAAGUAUGUUUUCUGUGCUAUGAUAGAGAAUUUAGGAAAGUUAGGAAAAUGGCAGUUAAUAUUUGAAUAUCCUGCACCCUUCAAUGUUUCCCCCUCAUCUUGUAUUCAUCUGUAUCAUCAUGGAUAGAGACAAUGGACCAAUCUUAAAUAAACAUGUCAGACACUGUGACAAAACAAGACCUUGGGGGACUAUACGUCUUUAGUCAAGAAGGAAUUAGUUACAUAUAAUUGAUCUUUAGAUGGUCAGUCAUAUAUCUGUUGAAAUUAUUAUUAUUAUUUCAUGUUAAGUGGGGGGAAAAAAUGAAAAAACUGGAAAAUUAUAUCUGCAUAAAGCCAUUUGAUCUUGGUGCUAUCUGCUAUCCAAUCACAAGCAUGAACCAAUACAGGCGAACCAAUCAGAACACGUCUUUACCAUCUCCCUCCUAAGUAUGGUUGUAAUUGGCUGGUCAAGCCAACAAUAAUGGAACGCAAGCAACAAAACAACAACACACUGUUCGGUGAUGACAACAAGUACUCUGUAAUACAUCUAAUGAAAGGUGUUCCUUUCUAUUCUAUCUAAAUUAGUAUUCAUCUAUCAUUUAUGUAUUCAAAUAGCUAUAGUCUUCUUUAAAACUUAAAUGUGUAUUAGAUUGAACCCAGAUUGACAUUUCAGAGCCAUAAGGUUCUAUCUACCUGUGAUUGCACCCCCCCUAAUAAAACUUGUUUUUACAAAUGUC